UCACUCAUUUAGUUAAAAAAAUAAAGGUCACCCUCCCGAGUCAAAAUUUGUUUCAAAAUUUCAACGCCACCGCAAGGAGUGACAAGAACUUAUAGCAGUCCGGUCCAUUCGAAAGUGCAUAGUAUCCAAUUCCGUAAUCUUGUUCGGUUUUAAGUGCGACCACCAUGAUAACGAUAACGUAAUACUGAAGAGGUGCGAGGGAGAGAUAAGGUUUGAACGAGUGCGAGUGACCGACAUAUGAUCCAUUACAUAUGCCCCCCAUCGAGUGAAAGGAGUGGAGAAAAUAGCAGCGAGGGGUAGGAUCCUAAGUUCAAGAUACCUGUAUUUAUAAAGUACAACUUACUAAAGUCCUAAUGUAAGUCGUUGAAAGGGUUCCAAGUUACAAAGAACAGAAGAUCUAGGAAUCUAGUUAGCUGUAUCACAUCAAAUUUGGUCUAUAUCUCAGUAGGAAGUUCCUAACAUGCCUGGAGUUUAGUUAAAAACCAGAAGUCAUAACGAGAACUUAUUCAUAGAGUCGAAAACCAAAAAGCGAAUAAUAUUUUGUGAACAAAACAAAAGUAGUGUGGUGAAAAAAGGAAUAAGCCAAAGCAAAUACUAGAGUUACCAUUUAGUCCACAAACAGGUAGAUCUGCAUAAACCCAAGUUAUUAUAUAGAUAGCCUCAGAUUGCAGCGACAAAAAGCAAGUGUUAAGAGAAAGAGAAGAUAAAAGGAUCAAAGCUAGCCCUCCCUAUACCAAACCACAUAGGUUUCUCGGGUUAGCCAGAGGCAGGGUGAGUCCCUGACAAGCAGCACCAACGGCGUCCCAGACGGUUUCCAGAUCCAGCCCGGACAACGUAGCCGCGGCGCGCAAAACCGAGACCAUGGGGGAGGUCCUCAACCUGGACAGCAUCAUAUCCCGGCUGCUGGAGGUCCGUGGGGCUAGGCCCGGCAAGAAUGUCCAGUUGUCGGAGGGCGAGAUCCGCGGCCUGUGCCUCAAGUCACGCGAAAUCCUACUGGCCCAGCCCAUACUCCUGGAGCUGGAGGCCCCGCUGAAGAUCUGCGGCGACAUUCAUGGCCAGUACUACGAUCUGUUGCGUCUCUUCGAGUAUGGCGGCUAUCCACCGGAAUCGAACUAUCUCUUCCUGGGCGACUAUGUGGAUCGGGGCAAGCAAUCGCUGGAGACCAUAUGCCUGCUGCUGGCCUAUAAGAUCAAGUACUCGGAGAACUUCUUCCUGUUGCGGGGCAACCACGAGUGCGCCAGCAUCAAUAGGAUCUAUGGUUUCUACGAUGAGUGCAAGCGGCGCUAUACAAUCAAGCUGUGGAAGACCUUUACGGACUGUUUCAACUGCCUGCCGGUGGUGGCGAUUGUCGACGAGAAGAUCUUCUGCUGCCACGGUGGCCUCAGUCCGGACCUGACCUCCAUGGAGCAGAUACGUCGCAUAAUGCGACCCACAGACGUGCCGGACCAGGGACUGCUGUGCGAUCUGCUGUGGUCUGAUCCCGAUAAGGAUACCAUCGGCUGGGGCGAAAAUGAUCGAGGUGUGAGCUUCACCUUUGGCGCCGAGGUGGUGGGCAAGUUCCUGCAGAAGCACGACCUCGACCUGAUCUGCCGCGCCCACCAGGUCGUCGAGGAUGGGUACGAGUUCUUUGCCAAGCGCCAGCUGGUCACCCUCUUCUCGGCGCCCAACUACUGCGGGGAGUUCGACAAUGCCGGUGCCAUGAUGUCCGUGGACGAUACGCUGAUGUGUUCCUUCCAAAUCCUCAAGCCCGUGGAGAAGCGCAAGAAGUAGACGGUCUAUAGAUCCCCAGACAUAUCACUAUAACACACUUUACAUACCUCCGCCACACGAACAGCGCUCUCAUCUUCAUACACAUCCGCAUUCCACAUUCUCGCAGCGAUACGAACACAUAUCAUGAUUACAAGACCUGCCUGUCGUCAACUGGAUCGAAGGAACGCCCCGACUUCAACUUGGAUCUCAAUGGAAUUCGAUGUACUGAUGGUUUUAAUCCGCACUUUGGCUGUUUAUAAAGAAU